UAGCAGUGCCUUGGUCAUUUGCCAGUUUGCCCGCGCCUCAGACGGGCUCCAGCUGCGGGGAAACUAGCCUGGCGAGCCACCACGGAGAGAGUGGCCAGAAAGUUGUGGGACUCACACUUGCGGGAAACAGUGCCGUGCUGCUGAUAGAAAGUCUCAAGGUGCAGUGAACUGGCGCCAGUGUAGUCGUGACGCCCCGCCGGCAAUACUCUUGUGCAACAUCCAGGAAGUGGCCUUGUGUCUAACUCUGCCAUUGACCUUGGCGGGUCGCGCUGGCAGCGUGCCGAGCGGGACCGUUGACCCCGCCAGUGACUUGACAACAUGCAGCCAUAACGCACACCAAGGACAUCACAGGCAGGACAAGUAGCGGACUCACAACAGGUGUGACGCUCCUCACCGCCGCGGACACACUCGCCAGUGACUUUCGCUGUGUCGCACCUCAACAUUAUGGAUACGGACCCUCCAUCAGUGUUUUCCAGCCUUUAAUGUGUAAGCUCUUUGUGGUGUGUAUAAACUGAAGCUCUGUUAGUGAUUGUGCUUAUAAACAUCGGGAUGUCGGUUCAUACAGGAGAAUACUGGUCGGGCCGAGACCCGUCUCAACAAUAUUAUCCACUGGGAGAGUUCAACUACAACACAGAAAAUUAUCCUGGCGCUACGCUCUCUCCUGGGUUGGAGGGGACGCCAGCCACCGCCAUGCCCACACAACUAGGUCCGCCGCAUCAGCCACAUGACCUGCUACAAAGUUGUGUUGACGGCGGAGGUAGUGAUGGGUACCACAGCUCCACACCCGAUGAUUUGACCUCUGAGUGCUCGCCAAGGUCAGAGCUGCCAGGCCCUGGGUCGUCGGGAGGCAGUCGCAACAAGGAUCUUAUGUCUGAGGCGUACCCCAACCUGGAGUACUACCAGGCCGCUUAUCCCACCACAACUGACCUCAGCAGUCUUACGCCAGCCUACUCCUACGCCAGCAGCAGCACUACGUCCGUCAGCAGCUGGGGCACCACACAAUACAGUCCCUCCGAGGGGGACGCCAACCCUCACCAGGAGCACUUCAUACCCCCUGAAACGUCGCCCUCCCUGGUAACACACUAUAAGCCUCUCAGAAUACGCCGGAGGCCUCCUAAAGUCGUAGGCAACGAAGUCAUCCGCAAAAGACGACUUGCUGCAAACGCGAGGGAAAGACGGCGGAUGAACGGCCUGAAUGACGCUUUUGAGAAGCUUCGGGAGGUUGUUCCGGAGCUCGGGAACGACAGGAAACUCUCUAAAUUCGAGACGCUGCAGAUGGCGCAGACGUACAUCACUGCCCUAGCGGAGCUGAUAAGAAGAGCAGACUCUGAGAGCGGUGCUUCAUCUGCCUGAUACCAGGACACAGGUAGGGUAAAACUAGGGAAAAUACACUUAUCAGUAAUAGCGCGACCUUUGUGCUCUUGAAGCUUGAUUAAAGUUCAAAUGUAUAGAAGUAGAAUUAUAUUUUUAUAAGUCUAUCCACGCAGAAUAAUGAUCAGCGUUCAUUCUGUAACAAAACCUUUUUUUUCUGUCGAUAUAUGUGUAUUUUUCUGUUGUUUUCCCUUACCUGUGGCCAAGACCUUCCCUGUGAGGCCAGAUACCAGUAUUAUACUAAUAAAUUAAAAUAUUUUCAUAGAUAUAUGAACAAGGUUAACUACAAUGCAGAAAGUACUAAUAUACAACAAGUUGUUUUGUACAUAUCUAAUUAUUUAGACACUUUAGCUAGAUUAAUUUAUUGCUAAUUUGUAAAGAUAUAUCACUUGUACAGACCAUCCCACAUGAUACUGAUUGCAGCGCCCACUUUUUGUGCUGAUGUGAUACGAGGCUGUAAUUUAUUUCAGUGAAAUAUAUAUGUAAAUAUGAUAUAAUAUAAAUGUGUAUACAGAUCCGAAAAGUCACUGUUAGUGUUAAAUUUUGAUAAUAUAUGAAACC